AUGAAGACCGCCUUCGUUGCCCUUGCCCUCGCCGCUCUGGCCUCUGCCCAGACCCGCGCCGACAUCCCCUCGUGCGCUCUGCCCUGCCUCGACGACGCCGUCAAGGCCAACACCAAGUGCUCGACCACCGACUACGCCUGCAUCUGCAAGGACUUCGACGCCGUCCAGGGCGCGGCCACCAGCUGCGUCAUCUCCAAGUGCGGCACUGACGUCGCCAUCAGUAUGUUCCAACCCGUC